AUGAAUUAAUAGCAUAAAUGUUAAUUAAAAACACUGGGGUAUGUCAGAAAUUAUCAUUCAGAAUCUACAUCUAGUAACAUUAUCAACCAUACCCUUUACCAUAAAUAUUCUGCUUCUUAAAAUUAUUAUUUCACUAAAGAAAUUAACGAUAUUUUGGGUAAGAACAGAACACCAGCUACUAUUUAAUUUUAUGUAAGCAAUUCGUGAUAAAUUAAGGAUGAUACUCAGUUUAAUGAAUUAGGAGAGAGAAUGAAGAGAUUUUACUAUAUUAAUGAAUAAUUUUCUAAAAUUAAAUUACUAACAGAGUUCUACAAAUUUCAUAACGAUUUACCUCGAUUUACAGUUCAUAAGAAUUUGAUUCGAAUUUUAAAUUUGUAUUAUGACAAAAAGCGAAAACUUGAAUACUAUAAAAUACAAAGAUAAAUAGAAUAUGAGAAUCGGAACAAUCCAAAUCAAACUCCAAAAGGUAUUGUAGGAGAUAAACCUAUAGAAUCUUAAACUACUCCUGAAUCUGAAAUUAGUAAUGAUUCAUCUAUAAAUAAUAAUGUCGACAACAUUCUUUAAGAUAUAAAAUAAUAAGGAGAUUUUAAUUAAAUAAGCUAACAAGAAAUUAGUAAGAUCUCAAAAAUCUAAGAAGAUCAAAAAAGUGAAAUUAUGUAAAUGUUGAAAGCAUUCAAUCCUGAUCAAAUAAACAAUCAUAAAAAUGUUUAAAAAUAUCAAGUAUUUAAGAAAUCAAAUCCUACUUUUAAAAAAUCUUUAAAAUUGGAUGAAUUUGCUUUAUCUUAAUCAUCACGAACUUAGAAUAAAUGCAAUGAUAUUAGAGCUCCUUUAUCAACUAGAUUUACUACUGAUUCUGUUAGUAAGUUACUGAAAACAUCUUAAGAGAGAACUAAAGAUGUUAAUGUUCAAAAAGAAAGCUUGAUUUAAUUAUUUAAUAGAUAUUCUAACUUAAGUAAGGUCAGAAUUGAGAAUAAGAUGGAUUAAAAUAAAGAAGGUAAAAAUUCAAUACCAGAAAUGAAGUAACUUGAGCUUAAAAUUAUGAAAUCUAUUAGAGAUAUGGAGAAAAAUACACCUACAUAAAAAAAGAAUAAAUAAACUUAAAAUAAUAAAGGAUUGCAUUAAAUUUUAAGUAAAGUAAAUAAACCAGAUUCUUCCAGGGAAACAUAUAGAAAUUCAUAGUUAAAAAGUUCUUCUAGUAGAUCAAUUAAAAUAAUUAACCAAUUAGAUUGUUAUAAAAUUUCUAAGAAUUUCAAUAGUGUUUUGAAUCCGAUUGCCUAUUAAAAUAAUCCUUACAAUAAAAAAAGAUAUAAUGAUAAAAAUUCAUCUAAAUUAAAGGCAAAUGNAAAUCUAAUUCAAGAGAGUCAAGACUUGAAUUUAAUUCUUCGGACAUUUACUUAUUUAUUUUUAUAUGAAUUAAUAGCAUAAAUGUUAAUUAAAAACACUGGGGUAUGUCAGAAAUUAUCAUUCAGAAUCUACAUCUAGUAACAUUAUCAACCAUACCCUUUACCAUAAAUAUUCUGCUUCUUAAAAUUAUUAUUUCACUAAAGAAAUUAACGAUAUUUUGGGUAAGAACAGAACACCAGCUACUAUUUAAUUUUAUGUAAGCAAUUCGUGAUAAAUUAAGGAUGAUACUCAGUUUAAUGAAUUAGGAGAGAGAAUGAAGAGAUUUUACUAUAUUAAUGAAUAAUUUUCUAAAAUUAAAUUACUAACAGAGUUCUACAAAUUUCAUAACGAUUUACCUCGAUUUACAGUUCAUAAGAAUUUGAUUCGAAUUUUAAAUUUGUAUUAUGACAAAAAGCGAAAACUUGAAUACUAUAAAAUACAAAGAUAAAUAGAAUAUGAGAAUCGGAACAAUCCAAAUCAAACUCCAAAAGGUAUUGUAGGAGAUAAACCUAUAGAAUCUUAAACUACUCCUGAAUCUGAAAUUAGUAAUGAUUCAUCUAUAAAUAAUAAUGUCGACAACAUUCUUUAAGAUAUAAAAUAAUAAGGAGAUUUUAAUUAAAUAAGCUAACAAGAAAUUAGUAAGAUCUCAAAAAUCUAAGAAGAUCAAAAAAGUGAAAUUAUGUAAAUGUUGAAAGCAUUCAAUCCUGAUCAAAUAAACAAUCAUAAAAAUGUUUAAAAAUAUCAAGUAUUUAAGAAAUCAAAUCCUACUUUUAAAAAAUCUUUAAAAUUGGAUGAAUUUGCUUUAUCUUAAUCAUCACGAACUUAGAAUAAAUGCAAUGAUAUUAGAGCUCCUUUAUCAACUAGAUUUACUACUGAUUCUGUUAGUAAGUUACUGAAAACAUCUUAAGAGAGAACUAAAGAUGUUAAUGUUCAAAAAGAAAGCUUGAUUUAAUUAUUUAAUAGAUAUUCUAACUUAAGUAAGGUCAGAAUUGAGAAUAAGAUGGAUUAAAAUAAAGAAGGUAAAAAUUCAAUACCAGAAAUGAAGUAACUUGAGCUUAAAAUUAUGAAAUCUAUUAGAGAUAUGGAGAAAAAUACACCUACAUAAAAAAAGAAUAAAUAAACUUAAAAUAAUAAAGGAUUGCAUUAAAUUUUAAGUAAAGUAAAUAAACCAGAUUCUUCCAGGGAAACAUAUAGAAAUUCAUAGUUAAAAAGUUCUUCUAGUAGAUCAAUUAAAAUAAUUAACCAAUUAGAUUGUUAUAAAAUUUCUAAGAAUUUCAAUAGUGUUUUGAAUCCGAUUGCCUAUUAAAAUAAUCCUUACAAUAAAAAAAGAUAUAAUGAUAAAAAUUCAUCUAAAUUAAAGGCAAAUGAUCUUAAAAAAUUGAUGAUUUACAAAUCUGAAAAACAUUUGAAAGAUAAGAAUAUCUAAAAAAGUAUUCCAAAAUUAAAUCUAUAAACAAUAAAUACAUUAAAUAAUCUUUAAACAAGUUUAACAUUUAGAAAUUAGACAAGUUCGGUUCAAUUAUUGACCCCAAAACCUUUAACAGUGAGAUGUAGAAUAAAUAAUCUAAUAAAUUGGUAAGUUAAAGCAUUGUAACACAACUUUAAUAAUAACUCUUAAUAAAAAUGA